CACCCUCCCCGCGCUGAGCGCCGGGGCGGGGCGCAGGAAGUGGCGCCAUCAGCCGGGGCCCUGCCGGGAAGGACUCGGCGCCGGGAGCUGACGCGCGGCCGGGCCCGGUAACGGGGCGAGCUCGAGUCUCCGCCGUCAUGGGGGGAGGAGACCUGAAUCUGAAGAAGAGCUGGCAUCCCCAGACUCUGCGCAAUGUGGAGAAGGUGUGGAAGGCAGAGCAGAAACAUGAAGCCGAGCGGAAGAAGAUUGAGGAGCUGCAGCGGGAGCUGCGGGACGAGCGAGCCCGGGAGGAGAUGCAGCGCUAUGCGGAGGAUGUGGGAGCAGUCAAGAAAAAAGAAGAGAAGUUGGACUGGAUGUACCAGGGUCCCGGGGGUAUGGUGAACAGAGAAGAGUAUCUGAUGGGCCGCCCUGUGGACAAAUACGUCUUUGAGAAGAUGGAAGACAAAGAGGCAGGUUGUUCCAGUGAAACAGGACUUCUCCCAGGCUCCAUUUUUGCCCCCACAGGUGCCAAUUCUGUCCUAGACAUGGCAAGCAAAAUCCGGGAGGAUCCACUUUUCAUGAUAAGGAAAAGAGAGGAAGAGAAAAAAAGGGAAGUUUUGAAUAAUCCUGUAAAAAUGAAGAAAAUCAAAGAACUGUUGCAAAGCAGCUUGGAAAGAAAGGAAAAAAAGAAGAAGAAGGAGAAGAAAAAGAAGCACAAGAAACGCAGACAUCAAAGUUCUAGCAGUGAAAGCACCAGCAGUGACGAUGAGCAGAGCAGAGCGAGAUCCAAGAAGAUGGAUAGUUCUUGGGAACCUGUUCAUCCCAAAGUCCCAGGGUACGGCUUACAGAGUAGAGACCUUGACCACAGUCACCGGCCUCGGCGCUCUCCAGCUGCUGGCCAGGAAAGAGCCACCCACAAACACCGAGACCGCGCUAGGUCAAGGAGCCAGUCCGGGUCUCCUAAAAGAGAGACUGGCAAGAAGAGUACAGGGGAGGAAGAGUCUGAGCGCAGGAGGUCAAGAUCUCCUCCUAGGCAUGGGGAACAGUACAGCACCAAGGUGGACAGGAAAGAAAAGGAAAGAGCUAGGAGCCCUUCCCCUAAAAAAGGAUACCGACGACAGCAUGCUUCAGGGUAUACUAGAAAGCUCUCCGCAGAGGAGCUAGAGCGUAAGCGUCAGGAAAUGUUGGAAAAUGCCAAGUGGCGGGAAGAGGAGAGAGCAAACAAUGUCAGGAGACACCGAAAGGAGGAGGAGCGGGAACGAGAACUGGAGAAACUCAGCUCCCGAGAUGGAAAAUUCCUACACCACAUAAAACUGGAGAGUGCGUCCACUUCUUCUGUAGAGGAUCGGGUCAAACGCAACAUCCACUCCAUACAGAGAACACCAGCUGCCCUGGAAAAAAACUUUAUGCAGAGAUGAAACUUGCUCUCCUCCUGCUGAUGUGCUGGCUCGCGGGGGCUUUUUCAGAACAGUUCACAGGACACUUCUUCUCAGAGGGCAGCUGCCCCAUGCACAGAGGGAUCCUCCAACAACCUGCACAGAUUUCUGCAAUGAUACUUACUCUGUGAAAGGGAGCUGGACUUCUCUAUAUCAGCACAGAGUUCCUUGGCCUUCUAGCUUUGUGAAGGCAUUUAUACCUAGAGUAUUAAAUUGCAACAAGCUGUUUGCUGGAGUCACCCUCCACCCUUAUAUUCUAUUUUUAACACUUUGCCAGAUUCCGCUUCCUGUUGCCCACCUAAACCAGUAUCCAUUUUUAAUACUGUUCUCAGACACAAAUUUCUGGUAACUAAUUACCAGACUCAUUGGGCAAGUUGACCUCUUUUGAUGCUUGAGAAAGGAUCUAUUUUAUCAAUACUCUAGAAUCGGCCAUGGGAACAAAUUCACCUGUGGAGUAACUCUGCUAACUUCUGUGAAGUGACACCAGAGACAGACUUAGCUUGAUUAGUAUUCAGUGUCAGCAGUUUGGGAAUAGGCAAGGAGGGGGUAUGGAGUUAGUUUCAGACAUACCUGAUCUGUGAAAUAGCUAUAGAAAUAUGCCAAGUUGCUCACAGGUUUGAAUGAUGUGUGUUAGCAAGGCAGAGACUUGAGUGAAAGGAAGAAUAAACUGAAGCAAAACUCAAACAAGAUGCAGGUAAUAGAAUAAAAUAGAAUAAAAUAUUUCUCUGGGAUUUUGUACAUAUACAUGGAGUAAUGGGUGUGUAUCUGACUAGGCUUUUUUUUAAAGUACUUUUUAAGAAAUCUGUCACUUUUCCAGAAAAGAGGGUUAGAUUCUAAUUGCAGAGAGCACUGUCAAUUCAUCAUUUAGGGCCAAUUAGCAAUUAGUGCAGUAGGUUAUAGCAGUCUUGGAAAACUGUCAUAAAAAUGUCCCCUCCCCACAUUGAUGAAAAUGAGUAUUGCAUCCAAAAAUAAAACUGUUGUGUUGAUAAGCAGACAAAAUAUGCAGUGCUGAGUAACAAAAUUCUGUUUGCUCAUGUGUAGAAGAGGGAAGGGUCAUUAUUUGGAGGCUGAGGGUAGGAAUGUGAGACUUAAUUAGGGAUUUCUCCAUUUUAUGAGGGGUCAGGCAAAUACACUUUGUAGCUCAGAGAGCAAAUUUUCAUGACAGUUUUGCAAAGCUGAUUUAAGUAUUCUUUGAAUUAACCACACUUUAUAAAAUGUUUUCCUUUGGCAGAUGAUUAUUGCUCUAUAGUAGCUUACUGCUGGUUUAUUCUAAAAUUAGUGCAAAUAGGAGGCAGAAAUGAACCCAUUUACUUUUAGGUAUAAUUUUUAAAAGUUGCUUAAAGACACAGUAUUUCUCAUACCUGCCUUUGUAUAUUACCACUGUGACUCCUUCAUCCUUGCUGUGUUACAGCAAUGGGUUCUAUUAAAUGUUGCGUGGCCUGUUUUA